AUGAAGAAGAGGAGGAAUGAAAAGGAAGAUUUAGUUAAUAAAAUCCCCCAAUUGGUAGUAGAGGGACAUUAUGAUGAGAAUUUAACGACAAAUGAUGGAAUUAAUAUUGAAAAUGAUGAGAGCCAUGAUGAAGAUUACGACGACGAUGAUGAUGAUGAGAAUGACAAAACCCAACAACACGAAGUCAUGUAUAAAAUAGAUGAAAUCUUUGAAGAAAUUUUAAUUGAAGCAGAAGAUAUUGACACAUUGUCGUCGCCGUUGCCGUCGUCUUUGGCAAAACUGUUCAAAUCGAAUAAUGUAAACAAUUCUAAUUCUAAUAAUUGUAUGAAUCAUACAAUAUCAGCGACCACAAAAACAACACCAUCAGACAACAUACAACAACAAAUUGUAUCCAAUCAAAUCCUUACACUUUCUACAUCCCAUCCUUGUCCUCCUCCGCCUGCUUCUCAAGCCCCCAGCAUCAUCAACACCAGUAACACCAAACUGAUGAUGAUGACGAAGAAAUCUUUGAAGAAAACAACCAACAACAAUAAAUUAAAUACAAUACCAUAUGGCUUGCCCAUCUGA